GCAAGGGCAGCUCGGGGUUCUGGGCUCCAAGCCGUCUCUCUGCAUUGCUGUUUUUCACGGCACGAGACGGAUUCUAAUCCCUGGCUUCUUGCCUUCCCCCUCUUCCGAUCUUCCCUCCCCCUUUCGCGCGGUUCUCGCACGCCUCGGUUUAUUCUCUUCCUGGCCAUGGAUACGUCGGCCAGCGGGCGACACGCGACUCCGUCACUGCUGCGAAGGCCCUCGCGCCAGCGUCGGCUCAGUCGUGCAUCGACACUGCUCGCGGUCGCACCUUGAUUCGUCCAGCCUGGCCAUCCCGCCAUGCCCCACCGAAGACGACUGACGCCGUCCAAGACGGCGCUUGUGACUUCGUUUCCUUGUUCAGGUCUCUCUCUGGCACGUCCAGAAUCACUCUCCGCAAGAAACGGCCGGGUGAGCUCGCUACCGUCGGGGCCUUCGCCGUCACCGGCGUCUUUAUCGCAACCCGUAAUCAUGGUCAAGAACGGCAUCAGCUUUCUGCAGAACAACCUCAGCCUAGUGAAGAUCGGGCCGACCGACUCGCCCGCCGAGGUCCGCAGGUCCCAGGGUCUGGUCGUGUCCCUGGACGAGUCCUCGAGCGGUGCCGAGAUGUCGUCACACUGCCGAGGAGGGCGCACCACCGCGGUGACGAGCUCACCGGCCACCAUGCACCGCGGCUUGCGCGGAGUCGGUGGACAGCAGCAGCAGCCCUUGACGCCAUCGCCGCCUCCGCCACAGUUCCUGGCAGAUGCCGGCCUGCCUCCGCCGCAGCCGUCGCCGCACCCGUCACCGCACCAGCCGCACAGCUUUUCGCGCACCACGUCCUACUCGACCAUCAAUCCCGACUCUGCCUCGUCACCCGGCAACAAGGUUCGGCCGAAGAACCCGAAGACCCAGCAGUUCAUCAUGGUCAGCUCCAUGUACUGCCAGCUGCUCGUCGUCAUUUGCGUGGUGUUCUUCACAUCCGAAGUGGUGACGUUCAGGGUGCCCCUCUACUACUUCGAGGGCUUCUACAUGUACCUGUACAGCGUGAGCCUGCUGUUCUUGCUCUACGUGUACAUCUACCUGCUGCGGCGCUCUCCGACCGGGUCCGGCGGCGCGUACAAGUGCCCCAAGAAGAUCACCAUACUGGAGAACCUGCGACGCACCGUGGGCGACAAGGCUCAGCCCAACAAGGGAAUGGACGCCGCCUCUGCGGCCGCCCAGAGCGGUGGCGUGCCGCCGAGGCUCAAGAAGCAGCGCAUCUCCGAGAACGACCGCAGUCACGGAAGCCUCUUCCUAAGGAUCGGCGCCAUUGCUUUCGGUUUGGGGACAAUGGUGUAUAACGGCUUGGAGUUCGGAUCGUUCUUCGAGAUUCCAUCCACGUCGCCCUGCUACAGCGUACUGCUGGGAAUCAACCCGGUCUUGCAAAUGGUUUUCACAUUUGCUCAAAUGUACUUUAUCUUCAUGAACGCAAGGCUGAACAUCCACAAGUUCAAAGUGGUCGCCAGAUUCGGCCUUAUGCACGUCGUGGCCACCAACAUAUGCGUUUGGAUACGCACUCUUGGAAAAGAGACUCUGCAGGAAAUCAACGAACACCACCUCAGAAAUGGCCGUGGCAGCACACUGGAAGAGCUCAUCUUGCCCUUCAGGGUGCAGCGAAGCCGCUUUUCCCAGGAAAACGCGUCGCAGAACUUCACCAACCCGUGUGAAAAGCAGGACAUCAUGGGCACCAUCGUGUCCGACUCGUCUCCUUUCCUGUACCCGUUCAUCGUCGAGUACAGCCUCAUCAGCGCGGCCGUGCUGUACGUCAUGUGGAAGAACAUCGGCAAGGAUCCCGUGUACCACGUCGAGAACAGCCACGACGAUGGCAUAUCGCGCACCUCUAGCCUCCAGGCGGGCACCAAGGUCAACUGCACGGGGUCCAGCAAGGGUCUGUUCUUUGGCCUCCUGGUGCUCGUCUGUUCCACCAUCUGCCUCAUUGUCUUCUUCGUGCUGAUCCAGCACGAGCGAUACGCGAUGCUGGCCAUCUACCUGUCUGACCUUUCGCAUUGCGGCAUCAAGGUGCUGACCAUCGGGGCCAUAACGAUCGGUUUCUUCCGCAUCAAGUCGCUCCGCUUUCACCCCGAUCGGAAGGAUCACUUGCGGAGCAUCCUGCUCAGCGUGGCCGCGUUCGGACUCUACGUUUAUGCCAUGUUUGGCAUCAUAGCCGGAAGCCUGCUGCCCAAAGACCACAUCCCGAACCUUCUGGUUAUGGUCACCAGCAUCCUGACCAUCGUCCAGGUGACGAUGCAGUCGCUGUUCAUUGCGGACAUAACCUGCCGCAUGACGUACCUGCCCGAGCACGACCACAGCAAGCCGGGCCGGCAGGUCAUCACGUUCUUGCUCAUCGGAAAUCUUACGCUCUGGAUCAUCUACACCUUCGAGAAGCAAAAGGUUGAGGCCAGCCCCGUGCAACUUGGCUUCUACGGGUUCAUGGCUUGGACAGUGAUCAUACGGGCCUCGCUACCUCUCAGCAUCUUCUACCGCUUUCACUCGUCCGUAACCUUCGCUGAGGUCUGGAAGAACUCUUACAGGAACAUGGGUAAUUGAAAAUUAAGGAGAGCCAAAUACUCAUGUAGCGUACAAAUGAAAUUGCUGUGUGCUGUGAUGUCUUUAUCUAUGGCAUACGCAAUUGUGUUGUUUGCAGCAUGGCAGCAAACUUUUAUGCCAAUGCUCGGUGAGAAUGUGAAAAAGGCAGCAUUCUGGAGUUAAGCUUUUUGUACAGUCAAUUUGUGGUGUAGAAUUCAGCUGUGGUGUUAUCUUGAGUGCGUGGUUGUAUAUUAUAUAAAUGGCUAGCAUUCGAGUCCCUCCCAUUCUCGCGAUAAGCGUACAUUGCUACUUUCCAUUUUGUCAUUCAUAGUGUCAGCGCAAGUCUUUCCUUCAUCGUUAAUGAAGAAUUCAGUUGUGGUGUUAUCUUGAGUGCGUGGUUGUAUAUUAUAUAAAUGGCUAGCAUUCGAGUCCCUCCCAUUCUGGCGAUAAGCGUACAUUGCUACUUUCCAUUUUGUCAUUCAUAGUGACAGCGCAAGUUUUUCCUUCAUAGUUAAUGAAUGGCAGCUCAAUCAAAUGUACAUAUCAUAGUUGUGUAUGUGAUGUACUCUUGUACAUACGUUAAUAACCAUUACUUGCACAGAUGUUUGAUCAUUGUUCACUUUCAUUGCCUGCAGCUAUAUGAGUAGUAUCAGAACCUACUCUUCUGCAGAUGAUUCGUAAAUCAAAGCUGCUCACUUGCCAUAUGUUCCUUUGUCCCGACGUGACAAAUAAAGAU